AUGAUAGAAACUAAUGAACAAACCAGUCAUACUAACUCUUCUAUUGCUAGACAAAGUAGAAGACUUAGAAUGAAGGAGAAGAGAGAUGCGCAAUGCACUGAAUCAGGUCAUUCUCCUGUGUCUGUUUCCUACCAAAACUUGGUAGAUAAAACUGAUGUAAGUGAUGCAAGGAAGAAAAGAAGGCUGAUAUUGCAAAAUAAGAAAACAUCAUGUGGUCAUCCCAAUAGUGCCCCAUCCCCAAGUACAGUCUCCCCAGUUUCUAUUCCAAAUGUACAAGAUAGAGCUCAUUCAAUUGAUGCUCGCAAGAGAAGAAGGCUUAUAUUGGAGAAUAGGAAGAUUUUGUCAUAUAACCUGAAACACAAUAUUCCCAAGAGAUCAAAUAUGGGAAUAACCACCGCCACUGUUGAGAAUAUGCUGUUUAAUAAAACAUCUCCCGAGAGCAAAAAUUAUCGAAAUAAUAUUAGAACAUACAACUCAAUGUUUUCGUUUAAUUCUCCUGCAAUGAAAUUUGACACAACAUACUCAAUGACCGGAGGACCACCAACUUUGAGACUACACGGUCAAACCUGUCAUCGAAUAGGUACUCUGCUACCAAAAACUAGAGACCGUCCCCAAUAUGCUCAGCUAUAUAUUUAUGACACCGAUAAUGAAGUUUCUAAUAGAAUGAAGUGUUUGAGAGACAAUACUGAAAUUGACAAGAACACUGUUCAGAAGUUGAAGAUCAUGUUAGAUGAGUUCAAUAUUCAUGCUAAAGUUUUUAGAAUGGCGAGGGAUAUUAUGGACGAUAAUGCAUUCUUAGACUUAAAACUGAGGGUUAUAACAGACCAACGGGACAUUAUUAUUCAAGCACGCAACGGUUGUUUGCAACGUAUUGAUGAGUUUCAUCCAUCAUAUUUGGCAUAUCAAUACCCUCUCAUAUUUGCGUAUGGUGAAGAUGGUUAUAGGAAAAAUAUAUUGCAUAGAUAUCGCCACGAAACUGAGGUUACUAGACAAAAUCAUCAGAGCAUCAAGGAUUGGCUUUCAUACAGGUUACAAGACCGUAACGAGGAGGCAAAAACUUUGCUACACUCACGCCGUCUUUUUCAACAGUUCUUGGUUGAUGGUUAUUGUAUGAUGGAAUCUGAAAGACUAAACUGGUUGCGAAAUAAUCAAUCAAAAUUAAGAGUGGGAAAAUAUAACAGGUUGACAGAUGAAUGCAAUAACGAUGAUAGCAGACAACGACAAAAGCGGGGAAAGCGAGUUGUCUUGUCGUCAUCUUUUGUUGGGGGAAAAAGAUAUAUGGAUCAACUAUAUUUUGACGGAAUGGCAAUUUCAAGUAGAUUGGGUUUUCCAGACCUAUUCAUUACAUUUACUUGCAAUCCAACAUGGCCAGAAAUUAUCCGUGCAUUGUCCGAAACUGGGUUACAACCACACGAUCGACCUGAUAUUAUUACUAAAGUCUUCAAAAUCAAAUUUGACGAACUCAUUGCAGAUAUAACAAAAAAGCAUAUUCUAGGGAAAGUUUUGGCAUUUAUGUACACUAUUGAACUUCAGAAGAGGGGAUUGCCACACACACAUAUUUUGAUUUUCUUACAUCCUCAGAGCAAAUACCCCACACCAUCCGACAUCGACAACAUCAUCUGUGCUGAAAUACCAGACCCUGCUCUUCAUCCGAGGUUGUAUGCCUUGGUUAAAUCUAACAUGAUGCAUGGGCCCUGUGGAGUGGCGUGCACGACCUCAACCUGUAUGAAAAAUGGUAAAUGCUCUAAAUACUUUCCAAAGAAGUUUAACGAGGAAACUAUUGUUGAUGCAGAAGGUUAUCCCCUCUAUAGGAGAAGAUCAAAACCACACUUUAUUGAAAAAAAUGGUAUCACAUUGGACAACCGUCAUGUUGUACCUUAUAACAAAAGAUUUCUCCUAAAAUAUAACGCACAUAUAAACAUGGAAUGGUGUAACCAGAGCACUUCUAUCAAAUAUCUUUUCAAAUACAUUAGCAAAGGCUAUGACAGAAUAACAGCUUCGGUGUCAACCAACGACAACGAACCGGUUAAUGAAAUAAAACAAUACUUAGAUUGCAGAUAUAUCUCACCAUGUGAAGCAUGCUGGAGAAUUUACUCCUUUCAGAUUCAUGGUAGAAGACCGACAGUUGAGCGUAAGUUUUACCACCUGGUAGGCGAAAAGGCUGUUUACUACACUGAUCACGAUCGCAUGGAAAAUGUUUUGGAGAAUGCAAGUGUUACUAAUUCCAUGUUUACUGGUUGGCUAUCUGCAAACUCAAAGUAUCCUGAGGCACAGUCACUCACUUAUGGUCAAUUUGUAUCUAAAUUUGUUUACCACAAAAGAGAAAGGGAGUGGAGGCCCUGCAAAAAGGGAUUCACCAUUGGGAGAUUGAUAUGGGUUCCACCAACAACAGGUGAACUUUUUUACCUGCGGAUGAUGUUGACUAUAGUCAAGGGACCAACAAGUUAUGAAGAAAUUCGCAAGGUUGGUAACACCCAAUAUGAAACAUUUAGAGAUGCAUGCUUCGCCAUGGGACUUCUGGAAGAUGACAAAGAAUAUAUUGGUGCUCUCAAAGAGGCCAGUCAAUGGGGCUCUAGACAUUUUGUCCGAAAACUAUUUGUGGUCAUGCUAUUGUCAGGCGCUGUUAAUCGCCUAGCACAUGUUUGGAGGGAAUCAUUGGAGCUGUUAUCUGAUGGUGUCUUACAUGCUCAAAGGCAAUUGGCUUUAAAUACAGAAUUGGUUCUCACAAAAGCGGAAUUGCAAAAUUUGACGCUGAUUGAAAUAGAAAAGUUGUUUCGAGAAAAUAAAAGGACACUAAAAGAUUUCAAACCAAUCCCUUAUCCAGAUGGAUAUGUUCUGCAACAAUUAGGUAAUAGACUGAUAUAUGAUGAACGCAAUUAUGACAUUGCCAAAACAAAGACAGAAUUCACAAAUCUCUUUAGUGGACUUACAGUUAUGCUAUUGAAGAAUCACCCUUUUGUGAAAGACCUUACUGAUCAGCUUGACACAGAUGAACAAAGAGCUAUGUAUCAAAAAAUUAUGGGAGAAGUCGACUCACAGAAUGGUGCAGUGUUCUUCCUACAUGGUUACGGUGGAACCGGUAAGACAUACAUGUGGAGAACAAUGGCGGCAGCAUUAAGGUUCAAACAUGAUUUAUGUCUAAAAGUCGCAACCAGUGGUAUAGUGUCAUUAUUGUUGCCAGGAGGUUGA